GGCCACACCGUUACGUCCACGUAGAAAACAAACGGACGACAUUGUCGACGUGCAUAUAUUUAUUUAAGAUUUAAACAUACAGCGAGAUGCAAUAAACAAAGAUCAAUUGAAAGGACCAGCGGACUGGCGCGCGCAGAGGCAGUGACUCUGUGCCUCUGACACUGACAACGGCUCCUCAAUUGAGCAACUACAAUAAGCACACACCAAGAUAUUUAAAUAUGUUGGGUGGUAAACGCACAAGCACCCGUCAUGUUGCGGUCGUGCUAUUGAUGUGCCUCUUCUGGUACGUGAUUUCGUCCAGCAACAAUGUCAUUGGCAAAAUGGUGCUCAAUGAGUUCCCAUUCCCAAUGACCGUCACCCUCAUCCAGCUAUGCAGCAUCACCCUAUAUAGUGGGCCAUUCUUUAAUUUAUGGCGAAUACGCAAAUACCAGGACAUACCGCGCGCCUACUACCUGCGACUAAUUGUCCCGCUGGCCAUUGGCAAGCUGCUUGCCUCGGUCACCUCGCACAUAUCGCUGUGGAAGGUGCCCGUCUCCUAUGCCCACACAGUUAAAGCGACCAUGCCGCUUUUCACCGUCGUACUGACGCGCGUCUUCUUUGGCGAGAAGCAACCCACACUGGUGUACCUGAGCCUGCUGCCCAUCAUAACUGGCGUGGCCAUUGCCACCGUCACUGAAAUCUCAUUUGAUAUGCUCGGCCUAAUCAGUGCACUCAUCUCGACCAUGGGUUUCUCCCUCCAAAACAUCUUCUCCAAGAAGGUGCUCAAGGACACGGGCAUACAUCACUUGCGACUGCUGCAUCUGCUCGGCAAGCUGUCCCUAUUCAUUUUCCUGCCCCUCUGGCUCUACAUGGACAGCAUGGCCGUAUUUCGGCAUUCAGUUAUUAAAAAUCUGGACUAUCGAGUGAUUGCGCUGCUCUUCACCGACGGCGUUCUCAACUGGAUGCAGAAUAUAAUUGCGUUCAGUGUGCUGUCGCUCGUUACGCCACUUACAUACGCCGUGGCCAGCGCCUCGAAGCGGAUCUUCGUGAUUGCCGUCUCGCUGCUGAUAUUGGGCAACCCGGUCACGUGGGUGAACUGUCUGGGCAUGACGCUAGCCAUCAUCGGUGUGCUGUGCUACAAUCGCGCCAAACAAAUCUCGAAGGCCAGAGAGCUGCCGCUGCAGGUGCCAAGCAGUCAUAUUAAGUAUACGCCGCUGAAUGACAACUACUAUCGCAGCUCGCUCAAUGGCAACAUUGGAAAUGGCCUGCACAAGGCCUCUGGCAACAGCUUGCUGGUGAACGGCAGCGGGAUGCCAAGCGGGAGCACCACGCGCCUGCUGUUCGUAUAGUUUUCUAAUUAGUGCAAUUGUGUUGGAAUGAGGAGCUACAACAUUCGUUUGCAACUCGCCGUCGCCUCACGUCUAGCGUUCAUUGAUGGUUGAGAUAACAAUUCUUAUCAGACGGAGUUCGCUAUCUACGGGCAAUCCGAAUAAUUGAAUAGUAUUCCCGCAUUCAAAUCAAAAAAUAUCUAAUGUGCUCUCUCUGCUCGUGUGACACAUUUCGUUUGUAGUUUUCCCUCCGGUUUCCAUUUCAUUUCCCUUUCUUACCGUUGCUUUCCUGCCCAUCCUUUCUUUUUUUUUUUUUUAAGUUAUCUUGUAUAAAAUUGUAUGAUAAUGAAAUAUGCGAGUGAGGCGGUAUGUAAAUAAGUAUAUGUAUAUGAUUGAGACUGAAUCCGCAACGGAUUUGCCUCAGUUGCCGCUGAAAGGAAUAUUGAUAUAUUGUUUUCUCAGUUCGAAUUAGAAUGAUUAUGCCUUAAAAUUGUAUGUAUGUAUGUAUUUACAAAAUCGAAAUGCGAAAUGCGUGCGUAUUCAAAAUUGUUGACCGUGUACAUAGGCAAUAAACACAUGUAUCUACUACGUUCUACUACGUACUAUGUAAA